AUUAGUCUUCGCUGAGAUUGUAAACAUAAGCUUAAAAAAUACUAUGCUUUUCCUUCCCACCGGACCACAACUAUCCAUGUCUUCCUAGGAUUUCUUCAUUAGAAUAAGUUCUAAAUAUUACUGAUUGAGCCAACUGUUUAUAGGACAAAAUAUCGCUAAUUCUAACUCAUUAAACAUCAUUCCUGUAAAAUAGUCAAAAUUGAGUUUGAUGUAAGGGCUUAAGGGACUUACUACCUACUGUAAGCAUGUCUUUUUUCGUCCGAAGUUGUAUAAGGAGAAUUUCAAUUCAAACAGCCAAAGGAAUUCAUUUUUCUUGUGUCCACAGAGAUUUUAUGAAAUCAAAAACCCUGCAGAAGAUGAUUAAAAAAGGAGGGAAACGAAAGAAAAACACUUAUUAUUCAAUGAACAUUCCAAACGUUUUUGGUCCUGCUAAGAAAAAAAUUAAUCCUUUCAGGCAGAAACGAUUGGAACAGAUCAGCAAAGUGUUUUAUCACUAUAUUUCAGAUCUUAUUGAAUUUGACCAUGAAAAUAUCAGUGAAAGCGUUGAAAUCUCUAAAGUGAAGAUUGAUAAUGACUUUACAGCUGUGACUGUUUACUGGGUGGCAACAGGAACAGAAAAAGAUGAUAUUAUUCAGGAUAUGCUGACCAAGAAAUCUUAUUCCAUAAGACAUCAUCUGAUUGAUUACCAUUUAGUUGGUACCGUCCCACCAAUUGUAUUUGUGCCAGAUACAUCCAGUGUAAACUACGUAAAGAUACUGGAACUGUUAAAAGAGGCCGAUAUGGGUAUUGAUUUCAAAUCAACUUCAGACUAUGAUUUACUCAAGUCUGAACCAAAAGUGAUACUCAAAGAUAGACAGAAGCCUUUGCAAAAUCAAAUUGAUGACAAUGAUUUAGAAGUUAAAUAUGACUCAAAUACAACUACUACAGAAAAGACUCCUGCGUCAGAUUCCAGUGAAGACUCUGAUGAGAUUUCUUCUAGCAUUACAACUCAAUUUACAUAUCAAGCCUAUGACUUGAAUUAUACUAGACUCAUCAACAAGGUGAAAGGUCAAACUGAACCUUCAAAAUUUGAUAUUGUUGAAAAUGACAUCAAAGAUGCUAAGAUUCUUCUUAAAGGCCUCGUCAGGCAAAAAAAUACUUGUGACAAAAAACAGUCAGAAUAUACUGUUGAUCAGUACAUGAGGGAACAUAGUAAGGAGGAUGAGACAGACUGAACAAAAGAUACUUGUGAGUUGAUCUAACAAAUAAUUAGUUUUGCACUGGGUAUUAAAUAAUCAGAUAUUAGAUAACAGUAUGUGGUGUUACUUAUCUGGUUAUUUAUUGCCAGUGCAAAACCUACUGGUUAGCUUGGCUGAAAUGGAUCUAUAAUACUGUAUACUUUGAUUGAUAUAACCACUCUAUUGAGAACUAUAAUAUACAAGUGCCUACAUAUGUGUGUGUAUACAUGUUUGUGCAUGUGUGCAUACAUAUAUGUUGAGAAGAUUCACAUGUAUCUAUUCUUACACAUCUAAGUACUCAGCACUGGGGUCAAUGUAACCGACAUGCCCCUUUCCCCAAAACUGCUGGCCUUGUGCCAAAAUAUGAAACCAUUAUUAUGAAUGGUGAAGAAAACAGUUACAUAAGUUUCUAUUUAUUUCACCUGUAUAUAAUUUGAUAAAUCAAAUUUUUGAAUUAUAAAUAACUUUAUUUUUAUCCUUUGAUUUUACUUACAUAUAUAUAUAAAAAAAAUAAACUAGUUAGAUGGUCCUGUCAUCCAAUUAAACAAAAUUAUCCAAAAAUAUUCCAGUGCAGGCAUGGUUGUGUGGUUAAGAAGGUUGCUUUGCAACCAUUUUGUUCAGGUUCAGUUCCACUGCACAGUUCCUUGGGCAAGUGUCUUCUUUUAUAACCUUAGGUCAACCAAUGCUUUGGGAGUGAAUUUGGUUGAUGGAAACUGCCUGAAAGUAUGUCAUAUAAAUUUAUCUGAAUGAAAGGCAAAUUGUAUGAUGCAUGUGUACAAGCAAAAGAAUACAUGGUAGUGAGACAUGGGCUCUGAGGACAUGUGAAGACUAGAGACUCUGUUGAAUGUGUAAUAUCUGUGCGUUUAUGGCAGUGCUAAUGUACUGAGAGAGAAACUAUGCAUAAGAGGAAUCAGAUCUGUUGCAGAGAGAAGACUGCACUAGUUUGGUAAUGUGAUGCAUAUGGAUGAGGACAGCUGCAUAAAGAAGUGUCAACCACUUAAAGUGGAUGGAACUUGUGCAAAAGGAAAACCCAAGAAGACAUGAGAUGAAGUAGUGAAGGCUGAUCUCAAAAUGCAAAGCCUCACAGAAGAGAUGAUAAAGGGUCAAGAUUGGCGAUUUGUUGUGCUUGAGAAAACCCAUUCAUAAUGGCAAAUAUGAGAUCCUAAAACCAUUUUGUCUAUGCUGGUACAAGCUGGGCAUUGACCCUACACUCAUACUACCCUAUCAAGCUAUUCUCCACAAUUCAUCUCCUUACUCCCCUCUAAAAAACCACCACUCCUCUUUGACAUAUUACAUCCCCUUAUUCUUGUGCAACAAGUUCCUUCCUUCAUCCCACUUCCAGCCUUUAUUCUCACCCUUUCUAUGUGUUAUUCUCUGCCUCUCCUCUACCAUACAAAGCAUAACUCUUAUGAAAUACUAUUCUUGUGCCUAGGCAUUGCACCAACUUAACUAAUAAACCUUCUUUUACUGAAAACAUUCA